CAAAUCAAGCUGAAGCUUGCUGCAGUUACAGAUGAAGAGCAGAUUCAAGAGGACACCUAAAUAACAGAGUGUAAGCGAAGACCUAAAGGCAGAUUGACAAAAGACCAACAAGAGCUUCAGACUAUGGCUACUCGUGGAACUCGGUACAGGAUGAGGGGAGCGAAGCAGAACUCGAGAAAUGACAGGAGAACAGGUGGACAGAAAGCGUCUCCCACAGAGAGCACUCGCAGUGGAGGAGACUCUGGCACAGGACUAAACGACAAACCAGGAACAAAAACAAACAGUGAUCGGUUGCUAACGCAGAAAAAAACAGGGCAUAGUCCAGCAGAGGUUGGAAAAGGUCAGAAUAAGAAUAUUAGUCAGUGCUGGUCUGCUGUUAACAACGAUCUGGAAAUGAAAAAUGGAAUGGAAAAAGACCACAAAUAUGGAAAGGGAGUAGGUGUUGCAAAUCUUAUAAAGAACAACCGGAGCAAACAAGUAGAAGAUGGAAGCAAUGAAAACCUACCCAUCUUUAAACUCAACCUCUCUGAAACAUGGAAGAACAGUAAUGGAUUCUGCAGAAGAAGCACAUUUGGGAAAGAAAAAAAUAAAGAGAACAAGACCAUUAUGAUGAUCGGAGCCACAGGUGCAGGAAAAUCCACUCUAAUUAACAGCAUGAUCAACUACAUUCUGGGAGUGCAAUGGGAAGAUGACUUCCGGUUUGUGCUAAUAGAUGAAGGGAAGCAGAAAUCUCAGGCUGAAAGUCAGACUUCAGAGAUAACAGCAUAUCAAAUCAACCACAUGGAUGGUUUCCGGGUUCCCUAUUCUCUGACUAUUGUGGACACACCAGGCUUCGGGGAUACCAGAGGAAUUUCACAUGACCAGAAAAUCACAACGCAGAUUCAGGAGUUCUUCUCUGCCCGUGGAGGGAUCGACCGCAUCGAUGCUGUGUGUUUUGUAGUACAGGCUUCACUUGCCCGUUUGACACACACACAGAAAUACGUCUUUGACUCCAUUCUUUCCAUAUUUGGGAAGGAUAUUGCUGAAAACAUCCUUGUGCUAGUCACCUUUGCAGAUGGGAAAAAACCUCCUGUUCUCGAGGCCAUAAAAGUGUCUGAGGUUCCCUGUUCUACCAAUGAGUCUGGAGAGCCACUUCACUUCAAGUUCAACAACUCUGCUCUGUUUGCCACCAAUAAUGAAUCUCCAGAGGACAAUGCGUAUAGCUGUGGAAACUUUGACCAAAUGUUCUGGAAGCUAGGAUUUUUUAGCAUGGAAAAAUUCUUCAUAUCCCUCAACAAGAUGGAAACCAAGAGCUUGUCUCUGACGCAGGAGGUCCUAAAAGAGCGUCAGCAUCUAGAAGUGUUGGUGGAAGGUCUCCAGCCUCAAAUAAACGCUGGUCUGACGAAACUGAAUGAAAUCAAGAAGACAAGAGCUGCUCUGGACCAGCACAAGACUGAAAUGGAGGCAAACAAGGAUUUUGAAUAUGAAUUAGAAGUGAUUGUCCCAAAACAGAUCGAAAACAAAUCAAGAUACUUUUUGACCAACUGCCAAAAGUGUCACUUCACAUGUCAUGAUGCAUGCAAGUAUGGAAAUGACAGUGAUAAAGAGAAGUGUUCUUCAAUGACAAAAGGAAAGUGUCAUGUCUGUCCUGGAAAGUGUGCCUGGAACGUGCACUCUAAUCAGAAAUACAAAUGGGAUUAUGUCAAAGAAAAGAGAAAGGAAACCUAUCAGGAUUUAAAAAAGCGAUUUGAGGAUGCACAUGGACAGGUCAUGUCAAAAGAAAAGAUCUUUGAAGAGCUUGAAAAGGAGCUUGAUGUUGUUCAGGAUAUUGUGGCCGGACUAAUUGAAAAAUCUCAAGAGACCUUGGAGCGUCUGCAGGACAUCGCCCUGAAGCCCAAUCCUCUGUCCACUCCUGACUACAUUGAUCUGAUGAUCGAGUCUGAGAAGCAAGAGGCCAAGUCUGGAUUUCAAGAUCGCAUUCAGUCUUUAAUGGAAGUCAGGAAGAAGGCAGAGAUCAUCAGUAAGGUUUCCACAGGAGAAGCGCUUCCUGAGGAUUUGAAAACGUACCAAACUGAAACAAGAAAAGAAUCAUCCUAUGAUUCAUGGGUCCUGUUCAGUGAAGGGAUCGGUAAAGGGUUCAGUAAAGCAAAGAAUUAUGUUAAAGAUAAAGUAAGCUCUGCAUUCAAGUAAAACUUUAAACCUUUUAUCUACAAUUACUACAGCUAUAAACAAAAACAUUUGGUUUUGUGGUAAUAAGGUAUGCAUGCAUCUUUAUUCAACUUAAAAAUUCUUUAGCUUAAAAAUAGUAUUCCUCUUCAUUUGAUGUAUAAUACAUACCUGUAUGAUUUUGCCUAACACCUUGUUACAUGAAUGUUAUGUAUCACAAAUUAGGAGCUUGUAUAAGAAUGCUGUUUUGGAAUGAUGUAGUUUUACUUUCAUUGAUCCUAGUCAUUCAUUUUGCAUGAAUUUUGCAUGAAAAAAAGCAAGCAGGUAAAGGUGACAAUCUAAGCAUUGUGCUAAUAAAUACAUUUAAAAUGCAUAUAUAUUUUACUUUUGGGUGGUCUUUUUUGUUUAACAGUCAGGACAUAUCAAAUGAUAUGAAAGGAAAUCAUAAAGAGAAAGGAAACAUGUCAUGAAUGUCUGAAGACUAGAUCUUUGUUGAGCUUGAAAAGGAGCUUAGGGUUGCCUAUAAUAUUGUGGCCGGACUAAUAAAUAAAAACUCAAAAGACCUUGGAGCGUCCUCAGGACAUCGCCCUGAAGCCAAAUCCUCUGUCCACCCCUGACUACAUUGAUCUGAUGAUCGAGUUUGAGAAACAAGAAGCCAAGCCUGGAUUUCAAGAUCGCAUUCAGUCUUUAA